CCAUCCAAAACAUUUUAUCUCACUCGCUCAGGCAUUUCAUUUACACUCGCUAUAGUUAUUCAGUAUUAAAAAUAUCGAGCUAUUGUGUAUAAAAGGAUAAGUAUGUUUGUUAAAAAUGCAAACGACAACACGAAAGACAACAUGUAGGUCAUGUUUGCAAGACAGUAUUUUGGGAUUUUUCAAGUUUCCGUAAGUUUCCGCAUUUUACAGUCAGUAUCUGAAACCUGCGUACGUUUGGGACAUACAUUUACGUGUCCUACACACACAAUGGAAUCCAAAAGAAGAUUCAGCUUUUCUGAUAUAAAGGAGACGAUGGAAAUUCUCAUUCCAGAGGUGAUAGACCCUGCUUUUGGGAUGUACGUGUGGCCCUGUGCCCCGGUUCUGGCCCAGUAUGUCUGGUUCCACAGAGAACAGAUCAGAAACAAACACGUUCUGGAGCUUGGUGCAGGCACAGCUCUUCCAGGAAUCCUUGCUGCCAAAUGUGGAGGAUUUGUCACCCUCAGCGACAGUGCCAACUACCCUCGUUGUCUUGACAACUGCCGCAGGAGUUGCGAAGCCAACGGACUGUGUGGUGUCUCAAUCCUAGGCCUUACUUGGGGGGAGUUUUCGCCUGACUUCCUGCAGCUACCUCCCCAAGACGUCAUACUUGGGUCUGAUUGCUUUUAUACCACUAAAGAUUUCGAAGACAUCCUGGCCACUGUGGCGUACCUCCUCCAGCUGACCCCGGCAGCUGAGUUCUGGACAACGUACCAGGAGAGAAGCGCGGACCGGUCCAUCGAGCACCUGCUGAGGAAGUGGAAGAUGUGUUGCCGACACGUCCCUCUCCCCUUGUUCGAAGCAGACAGUACCGGCAUUGCUGGCUCGGCUCUGCCAGGCAACCACACUGUACAUAUGAUGGUCAUUACAAUGUCCAGAGAUGGAGGCUGAUGGCACGGUUACAUAUACAUGUAUAUGCGAGUUUGUUGAGGCAAAGCUGUCUGGUUAAAGACGGGUUUCCAGUGAUAGGGCUGAUACCACCUUACAGAUCUACCAAAGUUGAGAAGACAACGCUGAAAUUGAUAAACCCUUGGUAUCGAAAGCUGGGACUGAGGGCAUGGUUAAAUUCAUACUCCAAGCAUUGUGACAAGGCUUAGAUGGGUUAGCCUCGGUAUUCACAUGUGAGGCUCGUGGCACCUUAAUGACAUAACCUAGGAGAAAACGCUCAUAUGGAUAAAGUCAUGGUGAUCGAUAUGGGGCAGACAGCAUGGACACAAUAUACCCGAGUUGUUUGUUAAGGGAAACAAACAUGGUGUGAGAGCUGGGUGUUGACCGAAGACCUACACAAAUAUUCCCCAGUUGUUUAAGACUAGGCUCAGAAGGAUAAAGACAUGGAUAUACUUGCACAAUGGUUUCUAAGAACUAAGGUGAUUGUAACUCCCAUACUUUAGCAGAUGCUUAUGAUACUUUGUGCAAGUUGGCCUUGGAGUCAAGGGAUGGUCCAUGACAGUCUGUAAAUAAUCAAGUCCUGACCAGACAUUGCAGUAAGUGAACAUCGAUCGACCACUGAAUCUCGUUUUAGUCUUAGGACAAGGAUGAGUUGCUGAAGAUCAAUUCUAACCCGGAUCUUUUCGGGUCCAUGAAUCUUAAAUGGUUCUAACAUGAUGGUGGCAACAGGUAACGCAAUACCUUGCAAGAAGGAAAAGGGCAACUGGAUUCAUUACAUCCAGUGGUACACAAAUGCAAGGAGACCGAGUUCUCAGAAAUAACAGUGAAUGUUAAAUCAGAUUAUACUAUAUAUAUAGUC